AUGGCUGUUCUUCUUCACCCUGACAAAAACAAAACAGUAGGAGCUGAUGAAGCUUUUAAGCUUGUUUCAGAAGCAUGGGCUGUGUUAUCUGAUAAUGUGAAAAGACACACGUAUGAUCUUAAAAGAAAUAAACACUUAUUGGCUUCACUUCAUUCAUCUGUCAAUAACACAACAACACUUGACACUUUUUGGACUGUUUGCACUUCAUGUCGUGUCCAAUAUGAAUAUUUAAGAAAAUACGUGAACAAAAGACUUUCAUGUAAAAAUUGUCGAGGUGUUUUUGUAGCUGUUGAAACGGGAACAGCUCCUGUGACUUAUACUCCAUGGUCAUAUUCGUCUGAAAAUGGAUACGCCACCACUUAUGUACCAAGCACAUCCGUUUGUUUUGGAAACGGGUAUGAGUACAACGGGAAUGUGUCAUUCCAAUGGAAUGGGAAUGGUUAUUCCGAUCCGAAUCCGAAUCCAAAUCCAAAUCCGAAUCCCAACAGUUUAGCUUCUAAAUCCAUCGGUAAAUCAAAAGGGAAUGAGAAACAACAGACGAGAGUGAACGAGACGAAGUUAGGUAGGCCUCCGAAGAAACGAAAGAUAGAAACCGGAGACGGACCCCGGAAUGGAAUCGGGGAAACCGGAAUCAGAGAUUCCGAGUGUGGUGACAUUCCGACGAGACAGUACUCGUUUGCACCGGCGUUUGAUGCGAGAAAGAUGUUGAUUGAAAAAGCGAGAACGGUAAUCCGCGAUAAGUUGAAGGAAAUGAAACUGGAAUCCGGUUUGAAGACCGAAAAGAAUGGAAAGACAUUGAAAAAAAGUAAUUCGAUUCCGGUUCCGGUUCCGAUUCCGAUUACGGUUCCGGACCCGGAUUUCCAUGAUUUUGACAUGGAUAGAUCCGAAGAAGUUUUCAAACCGAAACAAAUAUGGGCGAUAUACGAUGAAGAAGACGGAAUGCCGCGUCUAUACUGUAUAAUCCGCCAAGUCAUCUCCGUGAAACCGUUUCAAGUCCGCAUCACCUACUUGAACUCAAAACCGGAACCGGAAUCCGCAAACUCCGGAAUCACAAAAUCCUGUGGAAGCUUCCGCGUUUCCCAUUCCGACAUCGUUGACCAAGUCAACAUCUUUUCUCAUCUAUUGGGGCGGGAGAAAACCGGUAGAGGCGGAUGUGUUACGGUGUACCCGAAACGAGGCGACGUGUGGGCGGUGUACCGGAAUUGGUCCCGGAAAACCGCGAAAGCGAGGCGGCAGUAUGAGAUGGUGGAGGUGGUUGAUGAUUACUCCGAUAAGGUUGGAGUUUGUGUGACACCGUUGGUUAAAUUACAAGGUUAUAAAACUGUGUAUCAAAGGGGUCCCACAAAGAAUUUGAUUUCUAAAAAAGAAAUGAUGAAAUUUUCGCAUCAAGUUCCGGCUUGUUUGUUGAAAGGUCAAGCUUUGAAUUUACCGGAUGGGUGUUGGGAUCUUGACCCGGCGGCUACACCGGAGCAACUUUUGAAGGCGGCAAUGGAGGUGGAGGAGGAGGAGGAGGAGGAAGAGGGGAAGAGAGGAGGGUGUUUUGGUAAUUUGGUUUGA